UCGGCAAUUUUUAUAUUUAUUUUCGUGGCCACAGAAACACAAAACUAAUCAGUAGAAUCCCCACGACGACGACGACGACGACGACGACGAUGGCUUCUCUCGCGACUUCAAUCGCCGGAGCUGGAACCUCCAAGAUUCUCGUUUCAAAGGGAAUUGGGUUUCCUGUAAUCUCCUAUCCCAACUCGAGAGUCUUCUUCCUUUUCGCUAGACCGAUCUCUAAAAGUGGGAUCUCUCCCCGAUCGGCGAUACACGCUUCAAGCCAAGAGGAAACAAAGUCUUCACCUUUCGCAUCCGUUGCAUCACCCCCGGGUCUAUACUCUGCUCAGACUUUCGAUUUGACUCCUCAAAACGUCGACUUGGUCCUCGAAGAUGUUAGGCCGUUCCUCAUCUCCGACGGUGGGAACGUCGACGUUGUCUCCGUUGAAGACGGCGUCGUUUCUCUCAAACUCCAAGGAGCAUGUACUAGCUGUCCGAGUUCUUCAACAACCAUGACGAUGGGAAUCGAAAGGGUACUCAAAGAGAAGUUUGGCGAUGCUUUGAAAGAUAUUCGACAAGUUUUUGAUGAAGAAGUUAAGCAUAUAACCGUGGAGGCAGUGAAUGCUCAUCUUGAUAUACUGAGACCAGCGAUCAAGAACUACGGAGGAAGCGUGGAAGUUUUAUCAGUUGAAGGGGAAGACUGUGUUGUGAAGUACGUUGGACCUGAAUCGAUUGGAAUGGGAAUUAAAGCAGCGAUUAAAGAAAAGUUCAAGGACAUAUCUAAUGUUACCUUUACAAGCUAGAAACUGUAUAUGUAAAAAAAGAAAACACAAAGUUGCUCUUUGUUUGAGCUUAUUUCAUUUUGUAAUGUCCACAUCACUAGUAGUCUCUUUGAGCUAUCUUGCAAAGUUGAUCAAGAACAGUGUGUAGACAAAGAAGCAAGUUGUUCUCCAAGUCACCAAUCUCUUCACCAAAAAAUAAAAAGAACACUGUUUUAUA